AUGAUAACACCUGUAUUUGUAGUAAUGCAAGAUGACACUUUCAUUACAAUUAAAAUGAAAACACCUUAUAUAAAGGUGAAUGAAAUUGAAAUUUAUUGUGAAGGACCUGAUGUUUCAUUUUAUGCAAAACCUUAUUACUUACGACUUCAUUUUUCAAAUAAUUUAAUUGAGGAUGAUAGAAUGCAUACAUCAUAUGAUAUAUCAAAUGGUGACGUGAUAAUUAAACUGGCAAAAGAGAAUACGGGAGAAUAUUUUCCGGAUCUGGACUUUUUAACAAAAUUAUUGGCACCUAGAGCUAGAAAUCAAGAUUUACCAUCAGAGAAACCAUUAAUAGAAGUUAUUGGAGAAGAUAUUAAUGGAGAAGAUAGCAAUAGUAAUGAAGAAAAAAAUUUUCUAGAAUCAUUAGAAAAUCAUCAAAAAGGAGAGUUAGUGUUAACUGCAAAAUAUGGAUUUAAUGGACUUUAUUCAGGUUAUUUUACUCAUGUAAAAGAAACUUAUAAUGAAAUCAAUGAAAUCAAUGAUCCAGAACGAUCAACAGCUCAGUCACGUCUUCGAGAUAGAAUUAAUGCGGAAAACACAAAAUUUAAUCCAGACAUUUAUAUAGCUGAUUUUAUGCAAGUUGAUGAGUUUAUACAUUUGACAAAAUAUAAAACUAAAUGGUCAUUGAGUUUAGAAAAAUUAAAUAAAAUCAGAGAGAUAAUAGAUGGUACCAAGGAAAAAAGGGAUGAUGAUCUUGAUAUUGAUGAAAUUUUGGAAUUUACAGAGCAAGAAUGUAAAAUCAUGAGAAGUCUGCCAAAUAAACAAUAUCUUAUUGAUAAUGUUGGAUCAAUAUAUUAUGGAUUAAUAGAUUUAAUAUUUGCAUAUAGCUAUAAUCAUAGAAUUAAUGAAGGAGAAAAUAAUGUGGAAUCAGUUUGGACAAUUGGAAAAAUAAGCCCAACAAUAUCAUGCCUUGAGGUUUUUAAUAAUAUUGAAGAAUUAAUCUUGUCAUUGUUUCAUCGUACAUUAGCUUAUCCAUUAUAUAGAAAUUUUGAAUUAUCAAAAAAAUGUCUUGAAGAUGUUUAUGUAUUAUUGGAGCUUGGUAGGCGAGCAAUAUUAAAAGUAUUAUUGGAAUUAAAAGAUUUAUUUGAUCAUCAUGAUACUUAUUAUAUUUAUUCAAAAAUUAUUUUGGAUGAUUAUUGUAUUUGGUGUCAAAAUAUGGCAAGCAAUGAAUUAAUUAAAUCUUUAGCACAUAUGAUUUAUAAUUAUAAAAUUAAUAAAGCAAGCAUUGGAUGGCAUUUGGAAGAAUAUGAGAAAUUGGCAUUAGAAGAUCAACUAGAAUCUGAAACUGAUAAUUAA